CGGGGGCUGCGGGCGGCGGCGCGGGGAGCGCAGGGCUGGCGGGGACGGCACCGUAGAUGUCCGUGCGGCUGUGCGUGUGUAGAUGUGCUUAUAUUUAUAGACAGAGAUGUGUAUGUGUACACAGAGGAGCGUAACACCGCGUUUCUUCCCAUUUCCUGCGGGAGCGGGGAUUCAAACCCGGCUGGCGGGGAUCAGAGAGGCUCCGGUGGGAGCGGGGCGAGUCUGCAGCGCGCAGGUGAAGCAGAGACCUCUCCGAGAUGUCAGGUAUUAGUGCGGAGGGGCAGAUCUGCGAGGCACACAGCAGCUCCCGGGUCUACUGUACAUUAGGCUCUCCGUGGGAGAGGGAUCCCAGACAGCUCUGCUGGGGAGCCAGCCCAGGAGAUUUGUUAGCGGGCUGCUCCGGGGGAUACCAGCCACCUCCGGCACCCGAGCGCCAAAGGUGCUUCUGCUGCUGCUGCUGCUGCUGCUGGCGCAUUUCAGCCAAACUCCAGCCAGAGCGAGGGCAAGUUGAACCGGAGACAUUGGAGCCGCUGUGCUUCGGAGACGCCAGGGCGCACGGGGAGCGCGGCGGCACCAUGCCUGCUAUCAAGAAGGAGCGACUUGACAGGGAAGAGAUGGCCCUGGCAGCUUUUAACCAGCCCAUGGAAACCUUACCUGACUACCUCGCGCCUCUGGCCGCCGCUGCCAUCCCGGUGGUCACCCCGCACCCGCCGGCUUACGAGCAGAUCUUUGCCCACCGCGCGUACCUGGGCUUCCACGAGCCCCACCACCCCCACCCGCACCACCCCCACCACCUCCCCGAGGACCUGAUGCUGGAGAGGUUUUCCUCCAUCCCGGAUUUCCAGCCCUUCUUUGACAACGGAGAGCCUUGCAUCGAGGUGGAGUGCGGGGAGAACAAGGCGCUGCUCUACAUCAAUAAGUUGUGCCAAGGGAGCAAAGGACCCUCCAUCCGGUACCGGGGAGAGUGGCUCACCCCCAACGAGUUCCAGUUCGUCAGCGGCAGAGAGACGGCCAAGGACUGGAAGCGCAGCAUCAGGCACAAAGGGAAAAGUUUGAAGACUCUUAUGUCCAAAGGAAUCUUACAGGUACAUCCUCCAAUCUGUGAUUGCCCUGGGUGUCGAAUUUCGUCUCCAGUGAACCGGGGCCGCCUGGCAGAGAAGAGGAGCAUCCCCCUGCCCCCCAGCAGGGUCCCCAAGAAGGAGCUGGGCCCCCUCCUCUCCCCCAGCGAGGACAGCCAGGACAGCGACAGGAGCAAUGGGCAGCAGCCCCAGGUGAAGCAGGAGGAGGAUCUGCACAUCAGUAUCAUGAAAAGAAGGAUUCACACCCACUGGGAUCUGAACAUCUCCUUCCGAGAGACCUCUUGCAGCCGUGACAGCGACCUGUCCAGCAUCAUCUCCAGCCUGCAGCAGGGCCGCCAGCUCGGCAUGCCAGAGAGCCAGGGCCGCUGUGAGCUCAAGAGGAACCCCCUGGACGUGGGGCUGGCAGCAGCAGAUGAAAUUUUAGGCAAGAGAAGAGUAUGUUCUCCCAACAGCAGCAGUGAGUGUCCUUUGGAGAGCAAGAAAGCCCGAAGUGAGUCCCCGAAGGAGACGUCGCAGACGCCGGCGCUGGAGGAGGUGGCGCAGAUGACCCCGGAGGAGCACUACAGGCGCAUGAUGUCUGCCCUCAACGAGCACGGCUCCUUCGAGGAGCAGCAGCAGCAGCAGCGCCUCUUCCAGCUGGCCAACAGCAUGGCAGUGCCCAGCCACGGAGAUCUGCUCCGGGCGCGGCAGGAGGUGGCGGCGGCGGCGGCGGCGCGGACCCCGGGCGCGAUGGAAGCGCACAUCCCUUCGGCCAGCAACUCGUCCAGCCAGCGAAGGAAGCAGGGCCUGCCCCAGCACAGGGACAGCCACUUCCCCGACAGGGAGAUCUCCCACCCACCGCCUCUGCUGUCACCCCAGAACGCUCCCCACAUCGCCCUGGGGCCCCACUUGAGACCUCCCUUCCUCGGGGUGCCUUCAGCACUGUGCCAGACACCAGGUUACGGGUUCCUGCAGCCAGCACAGGCAGAGAUGUUUGCACGGCAGCAGGAGAUGCUACGGAAGCAAAACCUGGCCAGGCUGGAGAUGUCGGCCGAGCUGAUCCGCCAGAAGGAGCUGGAGAACCUGCACCGGCAGAGGCUGCUGGCCGCAGACCCGCUGAGCCUGCACCCGGGGCUGCCCCCGGACCACCCGGCGCUGCGCAGCGUGCACGACGUGCCCGAGGGCCAGGCGCUGCGGGACGAGCUGUCCCGGCGCAAUGCCAUGCUGGUGCUGCGGCACAACAACGCCCCGCUGCUGUCGCUGACCCCCGGCGGCCCCGGCGCCGCCACCCCGCCCAAGGAGCAGCCGCGGCGGGCGGGCGGCGGCCGCAAGGCCUCGCAGCCCCGGGCGGAGCCGCAGGGCCCCGGCGAGGCCCGGGAGGCGCGGGCGGGGCGGGACGGGGCCCAGGACUGUAACGAUGAGGAGAUGAAGGACUCGGAGAGCGACGGCGAGGACAAGGCCGAGGGGCCGAAGGGCGAGGGCGGCGCGGGAGCAGAGCCCAAGGAGGGCAAGGACGGCGCGGGCAAGGCGUGUGAGGGGGCCAAGGAGGCGGGCGAGGCGGGCGCGGCCCCCGGCGUGCCCUGCAGCUCCUCCAGCGCAGAGUCCCCCAGCCACCUGCUGGGGCCCGGCAUGGGCAAGGCCGAGGUGAAGUACCUGCCUCCGACCUCCCUGCCCGCGCCGCAGCCGCUGCCCUUCGGCUUCCCCUACACCGUCAGCCCCUACUUCCAUGCAGGCACCAUGGGAGGUCUGUUUCUGGAUGGGGAGGAGAGCCCAGCGCUGGAGGACAUCAGCAAAUGGACAGUGGAGGACGUCUGCAGCUUCGUGUCCAGCCUGUCUGGCUGCACUGAGUACACUCAGGUAUUCCGAGAGCAGGCCAUCGAUGGGGAGACCCUGCCCCUCCUGACAGAAGAGCACUUACUGAACAACAUGGGGCUCAAGCUGGGACCUGCCCUGAAGAUCAGGUCACAGGUGGCCAAGCGCCUGGGCCGGGUGCUCUGCAUGGCCGGGCUCCCGCUGGCGCUGCCGCUGCAGCCGCCGGGGCUGCGGCCCCCGGAGCGGGAGGCGGCCCCGGGCGAGCUCCGCCCGGCCUCCACCGGCAGCGUGGCCUCGCCCUUCGGCAGCGCGGCGCCGGCCAGCCGGGGCUCCCCGAAGCAGGAGAACGGGAACGCCGCCCUGCUCAGCGACACCCCCAAAGCCCCGUGCUAACGGGAGCCCCGCCCCGCAGGAAGGGAGGGCGUUCUCUUUUGGGUUGGUUUGUUUUGUUUUUGGAUGCGUUUGCUUUUUUUUUUUUUUUUUAAUUUGUUUGGGGAAAAUAAAAGAAGAACCACGGAGAUUUCUGAACUGUCAAAAAAAAAAAAAAAGAUUGAAAGGAAGGAAAAUGAUCCAAAGAUGUUGUCGUGGGACGACGCCAAGUGAAGAGAAGGAUGCUGGAGGAUGGAGGCAGCAUUCCUGUUCCCUUCCACACUCCUCAGUGGAGCUGGAGAGCCCUGCACAGGGAAGCAUGGACAGGCUGCUCUUUGCCUUCAGGAGCUCCGGGCUGUGCCUCCUCGGGGAGGGGAAGGGGCUCUGCUCCUCCCGCCGGUACUGCCAGCAAAACCCCAUCCACAGCCACCCCGGCCAACCUCUCCUCCUCCCUGCAAACUGGGCUCACUUCCUCAUUCAGGUGUUCUAUGCAUCUCUAGCAACUUUGAAAACAAUACCAAAGACAGACAAAAAGGAUAAAAAGACAAAAAAAAAAAAAAAAAAAAAAAAAGACAAAAGGCAAGUUCCCGUCCAUGUUUACUUCGUGCAGAUGGUACAGAGCCACCCUGCCCUGGCACAGGGGCCUGGCAGUGCCCCAGCCCUGCAGGGGUGGAUUUCCCCGUGGGAUGUUUGGUUCCAAGAGCAGCAGGGGCUCUGGGGGAGGAGGGUCCCAGCCUCGCUGCCCCAGGCUCCUCCUGCAGCUGGGGGGGUUGGUUUGCAGCCUUGCUCCAGAGGUGGAUGACUGCACAUCUGGCUGCUUGCUCCAGAGGUGGAUGACUGCACAUCUGGCUGCUGUGGACCACCAGACAGAGCCUGGGCCCCCCCAGCCCUGGCUGAAGCAAUGGGCAGAGUUUUUACUACUGUGAAUGAGCUGGGAACUCCUGGGGGUGACCUCCUGUGACUUGUACAGUUGUGAGCAACAAUCACAUGUGGUACUUUUCUCUCUCUCCCCCCCCCCCACUCCCCUUUUUAUUUUUGGGUUUGUUUUUUGUUUAAACGUUGCACGUGCUGCCGUUUUUCUUACAGAAUAGCUUUGGUGGUACUUUAGCUUCUUUAUAUUGUAAAAAAAGGAAAAAAAAAAUCAUUAUCCAUCACAUCACGAUAAAGAUGCUUUCCAGCAAUCAAUUUAAAUAAAAAACACUUAAUUUACAAAUGGU